AUGUCUACUCCUCAAAAGACUGCCGCCAAAGGCGAGUCGGUAGGUGAUGCUACUGCGGCUGAAAAAAUGGAAGUCGAAGAAGCACUUGACGAUGAGAUUCUCCGUAUGUCUGCAGACGAUCUUAGAAGCCGGACACAUCUGCUUGACAAUGAAAUUCGCAUAAUGAGAAGUGAAGUACAACGAUUGAACCAUUCUGUAGCGACGGUGAGGGAAAGAAUUAAGGAUAACAACGAAAGGAUUAAGGUCAACAAAACUUUGCCUUAUUUGGUUUCAAACGUCGUAGAACUCUUAGAUCUAGAGGAUAACCAAGAAGAAGAAGGUGCGAAUGUUGAUUUGGAUGCGCACAAGACAAAAUGUGCCGUUAUAAAAACGUCUACGAGAGCCACUUAUUUCCUUCCUGUUAUCGGGUUAGUUGAGCCAUCAGAGCUUAAACCUGGAGAUCUUGUAGGAGUAAACAAAGAUUCUUAUCUUAUCUUAGAGAAGCUCCCAGCGGAAUAUGACUCCCGCGUAAAAGCAAUGGAGGUAGACGAACGCCCUACAGAGCAGUAUUCUGAUAUUGGAGGUUGUGACAAACAAAUUCAAGAGCUCAUAGAAGCUAUCGUUCUCCCAAUGACCCACAAAGAUCGCUUUGUAAACUUGGGAAUUCAUCCUCCCAAAGGUGUCUUAAUGUACGGCCCUCCUGGCACUGGCAAGACCAUGUUAGCGCGUGCCGUUGCGGCCCAAACUAAAUCUACUUUUCUCAAGCUUGCUGGCCCACAACUAGUGCAAAUGUUUAUUGGAGAUGGUGCAAAACUUGUACGAGAUGCGUUUGCACUUGCUAAAGAGAAGGCUCCAGCGAUUAUUUUCAUUGAUGAACUUGAUGCUAUUGGAACAAAGCGUUUUGAUUCUGAGAAAGCUGGUGAUCGCGAAGUUCAGCGUACAAUGUUGGAACUACUCAAUCAGCUCGAUGGGUUCCAUCCUAAUGAUGAAAUUAAAGUGAUCGCAGCAACUAACAGAAUCGAUGUUCUCGAUCCUGCUCUGUUGCGAUCUGGUCGUCUGGAUAGAAAAAUCGAACUUCCACAUCCAAAUGAAGACGCCCGAGCUCGAAUUAUGCAGAUUCAUUCGAGAAAAAUGAAUGUCAACAAAGAUGUGAACUUUGAAGAACUUGCACGGUGUACUGACGACUUCAACGGAGCUCAGUGUAAGGCAGUUUGCGUGGAAGCGGGUAUGAUUGCUCUUCGACGAGAUGCAAGCGAGGUUGUUCAUGAGGACUUCAUGGACGCUAUUCUAGAGGUGCAAGCGAAGAAGAAAUCAAGUCUCAAUUACUAUGCGUGA